AUAUGCUCCUCUUUCCAUACAGGAAGUCCAUUCAACUCAAAGGCAAACAGACGUCUAUCACAACAAUGAUGGUAGGUAUUAAUAAAGCACACUAUUAUUAGAAUGAUCAGAAAACAGCAUUCAGAGAUACUAAUGUGAAUAUAGGACGUCUCUAAUGAACCAACACUAGACAGGAUUUGCAUUCCAACUGCUACAUCCAUCUACCCUGUGCUGCAGUCCAUCCUGCUGCUGGCUCUAAUGGUCCCAGUGGUGGUGCAGUCCUCCCUGCAGCCAGUGGACUGUGAUGAGGUCUACAGAUCAGGCUCUGGACAAAACGGGGUCUACACCAUCUACCCUGCCGGACCCACCUCACCUGUCCAGGUGUUCUGUGACAUGGGAUUGGAAAGUGCUUAUCUAGGAAAGUGGACGGUCAGUAUCAAUUUACCAUGAACAAUCUCUCUCUCUCUCUUAAUCUGUCAAUUAAACAAUCUCUCUCUCUCUUAAUAUGUCAAUUAAACAAUCUCUCUCUCUUAAUCUGUCAAUUAAACAAUCUCUCUCUCUCUUAAUAUGUCAAUUAAACAAUCUCUCUCUCUUAAUCUGUCAAUUAAACAAUCUCUCUCUCUCUCUUAAUCUGUCAAUUAAACAAUCUUUCUCUCUCUUAAUAUGUCAAUUAAACAAUCUCUCUCUCUUAAUCUGUCAAUUAAACAAUCUCUCUCUCUUAAUAUCUCAAUUAAACAAUCUCUCUCUCUCUUAAUCUGUCAAUUAAACCAUCGCCCUCUCUUAAUCUGUCAAUUAAACAGUCUCUCUCUCACUCUUAAUCUGUCAAUUAAAUCAUCUCUCUCUCUCUUUUAAUCUGACAAUUAAACAAUAACACUCUCUCUUAAUCUGUCAAUUAAACAAUCUCUCUCUCUUAAUCUCUCAAUUAAACAAUCUCUCUCUCUCUCUUAAUCUGUCAAUUAAACCAUCUCCCUCUCUUAAUCUGUCAAUUAAACAGUCUCUCUCUCACUCUUAAUCUGUCAAUUAAAUCAUCUCUCUCUCUCUCUCUCUCUCUCUCUCUCUCUUAAUCUGACAAUUAAACAAUAUCUCUCUCUCUAAAUAUGUCAAUUAAACAAUCUCUCUCUCUUGUAAUCUGUCAAUUAAACAAUCUCUCUCUCUUAAUCUCUCAAUUAAACAAUCUCGCUCUCUCUCUUAAUCUGUCAAUUAAACAAUAUCUCUCUCUCUUAAUCUGUCAAUUAAACAAUCUCUCUCUCUCUCUUAAUCUGUCAAUUAAACAAUCUCUAUCUCUCUUAAUAUGUCAAUUAAACAAUCUCUCUCUCUCUCUCUUAAUCUGUCAAUUAAACAAUAUCUCUCUCUCUUAAUCUGUCAAUUAAACACACUCUUUCUCUUAAUCUGUCAAUUAAACAAUCUCUCUCUCUCUGUUAAUCUGUCAAUUAAAUAAUCUAUCUCUCUUAAUCUGUCAAUUAAAUAAUAUAUCUCUAUCUCUUAAUCUGUCAAUGAAACAAUCUCUCUCUCUCUUAAUCUGUCAAUUAAACAAUCUCUCUCUAAAUCAGUUGAUUCAGAGCCGACAGGAUGGAUCAGUGAACUUCCACAGGAAGUGGGAUCAGUACAAGAGUGGUUUUGGGAGCGCAGCUGGAGAGUACUGGCUGGGUAAGAACUGGUUUAACUUCUAGCCAAGGCCAUUUGUCAUUGUAUUCAGACAACACAGUGAAUUGCUAUGUUGAUAUCAUUCUCCAGGUCUGGAGACAAUGCAUCUCCUGACUAUGAAAGGAAGCUAUGAGCUGAGGGUGGACAUGGAGGACUUUGAGGGGAAGAAGGUCUAUGCUCAGUACUCCUCCUUCUCUGUUGGACCAGAGGCUGAAGGAUACCUGCUAACACUGGGCUCAUUCAAAGAUGGAGGAGCAGGUGGGUGACAAUUUAUAUAUUGUCCAAGAAAAAAUAACCCAAGAUAAAAAUCUAAGAAAAUAGUCCAAGAAUAUAUAUACUGUAGUACCAGAAUAUAGCACCAGAAUAUAGUCCAAGAAUAUAGCACCAGAAUAUAGUCCAAGAAUAUAGCACCAGAAUAUAGUCCAAGAAUAUAGCACCAGAAUAUAGCACCAGAAUAUAGCACCAGAAUAUAGCACCAGAAUAUAGUCUAAGAAUAUAGCACCAGAAUAUAGCACCAGAAUAUAGUCCAAGAAUAUAGCACCAGAAUAUAGUCCAAGAAUAUAGCACCAGAAUAUAGCACCAGAAUAUAGCACCAGAAUAUAGUCCAAGAAUAUAGCACCAGAAUAUAGUCCAAGAAUAUAGCACCAGAAUAUAGCACCAGAAUAUAGCACCAGAAUAUAGUCCAAGAAUAUAGCACCAGAAUAUAAUCCAAGAAUAUAGCACCAGAAUAUAGUCCAAGAAUAUAGCACCAGAAUAUAGUCCAAGAAUACAGCACCAGAAUAUAGUCCAAGAAUAUAGCACCAGAAAAUAGCACCGGAAAAUAGCACCAGAAUAUAGUACCAAAUACAAGUACCAAAUUUGAAACCCCACCUCUUUAAGGAAUACCUGGGAUAGGAUAAAGUAAUCAUUUUACCCCCCCCCCAAAAAAAUAAAAUAAAAAAAAUAAUAAUUGUAAAGUGGUUAUCCCACUGGCUAUAAGGUCAAUGCACCAAUUUGUAAGUCGCUCUGGAUAAGAGCGUCUGCUAAAUGACGUAAAUGUAAAUGUAUAGCACUAGAAUAUAGCACUAGAAUAUAGCACCAGAAUAUAGUACCAGAAUAUAUUACCAUAAUAUAGCACUAGAAUAAAGCACCAGAAUAUAGUCCAAGAAUAUAAUACCAGAAUAUAGUACCAGAAAAAAAAUCUAGAAAAAUAGUCCAAGAAAAUCUGUCAACAAGGAGUCAUACCUAAAGAUUUGCCAGUGGAAGUUUUAUCAUUAGGUUCCCUAGAGACCUGAACUAUCUUCCUCUUUUCCUCAGGAGAUUCUCUGGUUUUUCACAAUGGUCAUAAAUUUACAACAUUAGAUAAAGACCAGGACCUGAACGGCGCCAACUGUGCCCAUGUGUACUACGGAGGAUUUUGGCACAACGACUGCCAUUUUGCUAACCCCAAUGGGAUAUAUGCAUGGGGCGAGUCUGCCUAUGGUAUUGGCAUCAACUGGAAAACAUGGAGAGGCUAUACAUACUCCCUGAAAACCAUCACUAUGAAGAUCAGACCAGCCACUGCAUAGAAGUGAAUUAGCUUAACUGAUAACCACCUCUAUUUCUAACACAACUGUACAAUCUGAUUUUUCAAUAACAAUUACUGCCAUACAAACAAUUCCAGAACGUGCACAUAUUCCAUAUCUAAGGGAGGGGGUCUCUUUCUUUCUAAGUAGGGUUUGUGUUGGGUCUUCCAGAGAUUAGACGGUGCAGCAGGCCACAGAAUAUCACAGAUCUACUAAGAAGUGCAGUGUUGCCAUAGCAACAGAACCCUGACUGCAGUGGGGAUGAUAAUGAGUCUGACCCAUCAUUUAACUCUCUCUGUCUCUUACCUUAACCCACUGUCUCUCUGUCUCUUACCUUAACCCACUGUCUCUCUGUCUCUUACCUUAACCCA